CACGCAUGCGCAUUAAGUGGGCGGAUGUAAUGAUUUCGAUGGGAAGAAAUAAUAUUCAGCAUCGAAGGAAUAACAACUGAAAGCAGAGCGCGCUCCCGUCUCACCUGCUGGUGCGCGAGCCCGACAACCAGACAGCUGCGUCUAAUCAAGGUGUGCAGAAAACACCACCGCCGUUCACUAUCCUUGACAACAACCUACAGUUCUGACCAAUCCAAAAGCUGAACGGACAAACGAGAAAAUACAGCAAAUAAGAAAUAGUAAAUAAGCUGAGAUGGGCACAAGCGCCCCCCGCGACCCCAAAAGGAAUAAGCGGUAGGAAAUGGAUGGAUGGAUUUCUAGUUUGGGCACCAGCGACCCCAAAAGGAAUAAGCGGGAAACUUUCUGCUGCUCUCCCUGCGGCCACAAAGCGCGGUCCUAGUGCCCUCCAUGUAUCCCAACUUUCUGACCGCCAUUAUACAAACAAAGAAGACGAACGACGAAGCCAAGUUGGAAGUGGUCCAUGGAAAGGUUGACAGCGCGACCUCCUGUACUGUAGAAUGUGGUAUGGACCAUAGCACAGGACGAAGAAGUCCCGUUAAGAAGCCGUGGAGGCCUAAGACGCUCUACUAGUCUGCCGGAAAUCCAAAGAAGACGAAAGAGUAAAAAGCAAAAUGGCGUUUGACAGAGAAGGCCUAAACGUGGCCACUGGCCAUUAUUGUUUCUCUAUUUGUAUUUAGUGCAUACAUAUACGCAUAUAUGUGAUGUAUUAGAUGAAACAUUGUUAGUCAUUGUUUGUAUCCGGAUACAUUAGUCUGAGCGCACGUUAUCGCCUCUUGCGCUAGUUAGCUUAGCUUGUUAGCUGCUAACAAAGCGACGCGGACGUUAUCAACACAUCGCUAAGUUGAGAUCAAAUGUGAGAGUCAAGUGUCGUGAUUGUGGGAAAAUGUGCGAAAGAACGAUAGUAAAGUAUGAGGAGGAACUUUGUCCAACAAAAGAGGAGAAGGAGCGACAACAUCAACUACUGGACGCCGUUUUCAAGAAACAUCAAGUUGUGUUACACAGAACAGACGUCCAGCAGCCCCCCCACAUUAAAGAGGAAGAGGAGGAUCCACAGUUCCCCCACAUUAAAGAGGAAGAGGAGGAAGUGUGGAUGAGUCAGGAGGGAGAGUGUCUUCUAGGGCAGGAGGAGGCUGAUGUCAGCAACUUUCCACUGACUGUUGUCUCUGUGAAGACUGAAGAGCAUGAAGACAAAGCAGCUGAGUCCUCACAGCUUCAUCACAGUCCAAACGUCCAGCAGGUGUCAGCAGAGAGUCAUGAAGAGAUUCCCUCCAAACAGCAGGAGUGGAGCUCCAGUGUGGGACAGAAGGAGCUAAAGGCCCCCUCCCACAUUAAAGAGGAGCAGCUUCAUGAUGAAGAUGAAGCUCAGUCCUUACAGCUUCAUCACCGUCAAAGUGAGGAGAACAGAGGGGCGGAGCUUGUAAGUCAACACAUCACAGAAGCUGAUGGAGAGCAUUGGGAAGAUAUCAAGUCAGAACCAGACAGCAUCUUUGCUCCACUGUCAGACAUGGACCACAUGAUAUCAGACUCCUCUGAUCACAGUGACCACAUCCAAAAGCCUUUGGAGAGUAAAAAUGACUCUAAAGGUGAUACGAGACAUCACACUAACAACAAACUCUUUGACUGCUCUGGAUGUGGGAAAUCAUUUAGACGGAAGAGUGAUUUUACAGAACACAUGAGAAUACAUACUGGGGAGAAACCUUUUACUUGCUCGGUUUGUAAGAAGAGUUUCUCCACAAAGCAACACAUGACCAGACACAUGAGAACACACACUGGAGAGAAACCCUAUACUUGCUCUGUUUGUAAGAAGAGUUUCUCUAUAAAGCAACACAUGACCACACACAUGAGAAUGCACACUGGAGAGAAACCUUUUCCUUGCUCUGUUUGUAAGAAGAGUUUCCCCUCAAAGCAACACAUGACCAGACACAUGAGAACACACACUGGAGAGAAGCCUUAUACUUGCUCUGUUUGUAAGAAGAGUUUCUCUGUAAAGCAACACUUGACCACACACAUGAGAAUACACACUGGAGAGAAACCUUUUCCUUGCUCUUUUUGUAAUAAGAGUUUCUCCAUGAAGCUUGCCAUGACCAUACACAUGAGAAGACAUACUGGGGAGAAACCUUUUCCUUGCUCUGUUUGUAAAAGGUCUUUCUCCAGAAAGUUUGACAUGACCACACACAUGAGAAUACAUACUGGAGAGAAACCUUUUACUUGCUCUGUUUGUCAGAAGAGUUACACCAUAAAGACUGUCAUGAUCAGACACAUGAGAACACAUACCGGAGAGAAACCUUUUACUUGCUCUGUUUGUAAUAAGAGUUUCUCCAGAAAGCCUAACAUGUCCACACACAUGAGAACACAUACCAGAGAGAAACCUUUUACUUGCUCUUUUUGUAAGAAGAGUUUCUCCAGAAAACAAAACUUGACUGCCCACAUGAGAACGCACUGGAGAGAAACUGUUCAGUCGCAAUGUGUGUGAUGAGAUGUUCCGGUCUAAGUAUAAUGUCAGUAAACACAAGUCUGUAAGAGGCAUGGAAGCUGCAGGGAUUUAAAAACACUUAAGCAGUGAUUGUGUUAAAUUUACUUUAAGAACACAGCUUGUUUAAUAUGAAUGUAAGUUUGGUGUUGUAUGUAGUGCUUCUCUUCUUUUACUGUUAUAUGUUGUCCUGGAAUUACUCUUUAAAGGCCUAUUGACAUUAGAUGUUCUUAUUUAAACGGGGAUAGCAGCUCCAUUCUAUGUGUCAUACUUCAUCAUUUUGCGAUAUUGCCAUAUUUUUGCUGAAAGGAUUUAGUAGAGAACAUCCACGAUAAAGUUCGCAACUUUUGGUGCUGAUACAAAAGCCUUGGCUGUACCGGAAGUAGCAGACGAUGUGCGCGUGACGUCACGGGUUGUGGAGCUCCUCACAUCUGAACAUUGUUUACAAUCAUGGCCACCAGCAGCGAGAGCGAUUCGGACCGAGAAAGCGAUGAUUUCCUCAUUAAUUUGAGCGAGGAUGAAAGAUUUGUGGAUGAGGAGAGUGAAGGACUAGAAAAAAAAACAAAAUAAGACUAUACAGUGGGAGCGAUUCAGAUGUUAUUAGACACAUUUACUAGGAUAAUUCUGGAAAAUCCCUUAUCUGCUUAUUGUGUUACUAGUGUUUUAAUGAGAUUAUAUGGUCGUACCUGUACAACCUGAAGGUCGGCCCCGCAUCUUUCUUCAGCACCAGUCGACGGGUGGUGGCGAUGCCCAUCUCUGCCCUUCGCAAGGGACCCUCUUUGAAAUGAUGGCUGCAUAAUACACUGUACUUUGUGUGUGUGGUCCAAUCCAACCGUGUUCGCUUGACAUCUCCGUUCCAUAGUAAAGCUUCACCGUCAUCUUUCAGGAAUGUAAACAAGGAAAAGCCGGCUGUGUUUGUGUUGCUAAUGGCGGCCGCAAUACACCGCUUCCCACCUACAGCUUUCUUCUUUGACGUCUCCACUAUUCAUUGAACAAAUUGCAAUAAAUUCAGCAACACAGAUGUCCGGAAUACCGUGGAAUUAUGCGAUGAAGGCAGACGACUUAUAGCUGGUGAAUGAUGCCGGAACAAAACGUCCUCUACAAUGCGUGACGUCCCGCAAACUCGUCAUCACACCGAGACGUUUCAGCAGGAUACUUUGGCGCGAGUUUUAAAAUUGCAAUUUAAUAAACUAAAGCGGCCGUAUUGGCAUGUGUUGCAAUGUUAAUAUUUCAUCAUUGAUAUAUAAACUAUCAGACUGCGUGGUGGCUAGUAGUGGCUUUCAGUAGGCCUUUAAAUUGUGUGCAUUUAUUGAAUAUCAUAUAUGAAGCUACUAUUUAAUUUUUUUUCCUCAUCUUUGAAGAGAGGACAACUUAUUAUUUUCAUUAGAGGGUGUUUUUGUCUCUUAUAAAUCCACACAUAUUUUUGAUUUCAUUUGAUUGAUGUUAUUAUCCAAUUAAAAGUAGGAAUGAAUAACAUUGUUAUUAAAAUGUGGACUUGGGUAGAUUA